AUAACACAGCUCUAGUUUCAGUUUGACUUCGAAACUAACGUGCUUACAAGUGCUUUGAGGUUAUUAAAAAAGGAUACACGGUUAUCAGAUUGGUCUCGUGUUUUGUUGAAAAUUGAAAAGUGAAAAAUACAUCUGAUCAAAGAUGUCAACAUACAAAAAAGCUUCUAAAAUAAGGCACCAUCCAGAAAGGCAUCAGCCUGAAUCUCGAAAGCAUUUAGGUCUCUUAGAAAAGAAGAAAGAUUAUGUAGCCAGAGCUAGAGAUUACAAUGAAAAACAACAAGCAAUUAAAACAUUGAGAAAACGUGCUCUAAAUAAAAAUCCAGAUGAAUUCUAUUUUCACAUGAUAAAUUCUACAACUUCGCAAAGAGGGACUCACAAAGAAUUAACUAAAGAGGAUCAGUUUACAGAUGAUCAGAAGAAGUUAAUGCAAACCCAAGAUUUAAACUACAUAGCUUAUAAAAGAAAUAUUGAAGCUAAAAAAGUUGCUAAAAUGCAAAGCACUUUGCAUAUGAUUGAUGCGGCUAAUGAAACUCCAAAUAAGCACAUCUUCUUUGUUGAUGAUUCAACUGAAAUCAAAAAUUUUGAUCUUGCACAAAGACUGGAUACGCAUCCUGACCUUAUAGAUCGAAGGACAAAUAGGCCUAAAUUGAGUACUUUAAAGAAAAUAAAAUUACCAGAUUAUGAUGAAGCUACUUUAGAAAAAAUAGAAAAACAAAAAUUGCAAGCAUAUAAAGAAAUGGAUAAGAGGAUUGAUAGAGAAACAGCUUUAACUGUUGUUCAACAAACAAUGGAAAUUGAAAGAGCUUUGAAAGAUAGAAAAGUUACUAAACCUAAAAGACUUAAAGCAGGUUCAAAAACAAGUGCUCCUAUUUAUCAAUGGAAAUAUGAAAGAAAACGUUGAUUGUACAUGGUACAAUAUAUAACAAGUUAUAGGAUAUAUUCUAAGUUGUUUCACUUUUUGUAUGUCACAUAAAUUUUGUAAAUAUUACUAUUUCUAAUGACUUUUUGUAUACCAUAAGUUUUGUAAAUAUUAAAAUGCUCGAAAAGUA